GGAUCAUGUGAGAUGUCUAAUACUUCUCUUGGAUGAGCAUACCUGGAGAAAAGCCUAUAUGAAGCUAUAAAGGUGCUUUUUGAUUCAAGACUACCAGGCAUUUGGUCUCCCAACAAGGACAUGGCUUCAAAUGAAAGAGAGAUUGUGGUUUGGGUUUGCCAGGAAGAGAAGAUUGUAUGUGGCCUGACAAAGCGCACAACUUGCACAGAAGUGAUUCAGGCGCUGCUUGAGGAACAUCAGGCAACAUUUGGAGAGAAAAAGGUCCUCUUUGGAAAACCUAGUGACUACUGCAUUGUAGAAAAAUGGAGAGGUUCGGAGCGAGUACUUCCUCCCCUGACAAAGAUUCUGAGACUUUGGAAGGCCUGGGGAGAAGAGCAGUCUAAUUUGCAUUUUGUGCUGGUAAAGUCAGAUGCUUUCCUCUCAUUUCCAUUGUGGAAGACAGCUGAAGCUAAGGUAGUACAAAAUGUAGAAAAACAGUGGGAGCUCAGUCCAGCAAAUUACAUGAAGAUGUUACCAAUAGACAAGCAAAAGAAAAUUGUGAGGAAGACUUUCCGGAAACUGGCCAAGCUUAAACAGGACAGUGUUCAGCAAGAGAGAGAUAAUAUGGAGACACUGAUCCAUCUGAUAAUUUCUCAAGAUCAUACCAUUCAUCAACAAGUCCUUAGAAUGAAGGAACUAGAUAUGGAAAUUGAAAAAUGUGAAGCGAAAUUCCAUCUAGAUCGUGUGGCCAAUGAUGGAGAAAAUUAUGUGCAGGACUCCUACUUAACAAUUAAUCCAAGUGAGGCUGAGCAGCAAGGUAGUAGGCCAGAUGAUCAAAAAGAGAUGCAUGACUAUUUGAGCAAAAGUGAGGGAAUUUUACAGGUUGAAGAGAGACUGAAACAUCACAAACAAUUAAUAGAGAAGCUGUGUGCUGAAAUUGAAAAAGAGGUGCAUGGUAUAUGCACAGAAAAAAAUGGAGAUGAUGCUCACACAGAGGGAGCUGCUAAUGCUGAACUGGAAACCUCAAAUUUGGAAGGUGUAAAAUACGAGCUGGAAAAAAGUAUGAAAGAUGGUCUGAGAAUCAACUCAUACCUGAGCUGUGUUCAGAAAGAACUUACAUACAGGGACUCACUGCUUCAAAAGAAGGAAAAAGAAUAUGAACUUCUUACAGAAGAAUUUAAUUUACUACAUGUUAAAGACAACACUGAAACUGGGCUUCCAUCAAAUGAAGAACCAUCGAUGGGCAGUGGCAUCUCCAGUAGCAGCAUUGCUGUUCCUGACUUUGUUCAUAGAGUGACUAAUCUGGACAUAAAUGAUACAGACUCUGACACUGGAAUCAGCUCUACGCACAGUCAGGACUCUGAAACAAUUUCAGGGGACAUGGUACUGUUGUCAACAUAGUUGAAAACAGUCAUGCACUUAUGAAAAGUCAUAUUUUGGCAGAUAUUUAUAAGAAUUAGUAAACCCUGUUGUCUUGAAAGUUUAGCCCUUCAAAAUGUUAAAACUGUCACUGCUUUAGCAAAGUAAACAGCGUCUAUGUGCUUCGUAAUAUACUUGUGCUUAAAUGCAUGGGAAAUCUCAUGGGUUAACUGCUAAUAGGUGCAAGGUUGUUGGCUUUGCUAAAUCAGGACAGACUGUUUAAACCUUGUAAUGCUGAUACUCAGUGAAACAGGAGCGUUCUGACCAGCUUGGACCAAGUCUGGAGAUCUGAUAUCCCCUAAUCUUUGGGUCUACUUCUGCAUCUCUCUAACUUGAUAGGAAUGUGAAACAGAGAUUAGACCAAACUAGACAGAGAGCUUGAUUUUCUGCUCUGUUACAUUAGCUUUUUUCAUCUGGACUUUCCCUGCCAUGAUGCUGUUGUACAGGAAUAUAUAAUCUGUUAAAAAAUAGUUUUUAUCAUAUUGUAGGACAACGAACAAAUGCAAUUGCAAUUGCAUUUAUGCAAUUUAAAUUUAGUUUUAUCAGGAUGAUACUUUCAAAACCACCUAAGUCCCAUUUUAAAAAUUACCUUACACAUAUAUGGUUUUAAUUUCCAUACUCUUUCAGCAGCGUUUAACUGCUUCUAAGAUCCUUAAACCCCCUACUUACCUGCUGUUACCCUGUAGUUGCCCCAGUGAUGCUUAAAUCCACAUAGUUCCUGCCAGCGGGCAUGUCAGAACCGCCUACGUCCUGCUUGUGCGAGACGCUCAAAUCCAAAGCUCACACCUAACCCCAGGGGCAUUUUUAGCAAGGCUUUCUCCUGCCUAUCUCACCAGUUGGAUCCAGUGUCUUAGGCCUUCUCAGAUCAUGACUACCAAGAAGGGACAGGCAGGAACCAGACAUUUUUGGCUCUGGCUAGACACUCCUUCCCAAUGGUCAGGUAGUUACCAGUUUCACAUAGCAGGUAGGUUGUCAAAUCCCAUCUCAUGCUGUUUUGGAGCUGGGAUAUGGACCUCUAAAUCCUACUUCCUUGGUGAGGACUUUGGGAUACAGCUAAAGGUGAUCCACUUCUAUAUAGCUAAUUAAAUGUUGCCCCCC